AUGCUAGAUACAGAAGGACAGAGCUAUAAAGUAACUGCUGCUGAUGAGAAUGAAAAGUCUGCCGAGGCGGGAAGGAGCGGCGGGCGGCCGGGUCCCGGCGGGGCCACUCGGGCACUAGGCCCCGGCGCGUUGCUAUGGCGCGGCCCCGCCCCGCCCCUCGAUGCGCGCCGCCGGCGUCCCAACAUGGCGGCGGCGGGCGGCGGCGGGCCGCUGGCGCUGCUGCCGCUGCUGCUGGCGGCGGUGGCCGCGCGGCUGUACCGCGCCGGGGAGGACCCGAUGACCGUGCUGGCGGCCGGCUCGGUGCGGCAGGCGCUGCUCAACUCGUCGGCCGCCUGGCUGGUGCAGUUCUACAGCUCGUCCUGCGGCCACUGCAUCGCCUUCGCCCCCACCUGGCGGGCCCUGGCGGGGGACGUCAAAGACUGGGAAUCUGCAAUUAGACUCGGUGUGUUGGAUUGUGGGGAAGAGGAGAACUAUGAGACGUGCAAAGAAUAUGGAAUUCACUUCUACCCAACUUUUCGGUACUUCAAAGCGUUUACAAAGCAGUUUACUACUGGAGAAAAUUACAAAGCAGGAGCAGACAGAGAGCUGCAAACAGUUCGGCAAAUGAUGAUUGACUUCUUACAGAACCAUUCCCAAGAGCUGAGACCACCUGCUUGCCCACCAUUGGAUCCAGUUUCGCCCAGUGAUAUUACUGCUCUUUUUGACAAGAACAGCCAGCAUUAUACUGCCAUUGUGUUUGAAAGUAAUAAUUCCUACGUUGGACGAGAGGUUAUCUUAGACCUGAUCCAGUAUGAAAACAUUGUUGUGAAGAGAGCGUUGAAUUUUGAUAAGCCUUUUCUUGAGAAACUUGGAAUUACCUCAGUCCCUUCAUGCUAUCUGAUGCAUCCAAAUGGGUCCCAUGGAUUAAUUAACAUUUUGAAGCCUCUACGGUCUUUCUUUUCUUCAUAUUUGAAGUCACUGCCUGGUGUAAGAAGAAAACUUCUUUUGCCACUUCAACUACCUGUUCAAGAAAACAAAGUGGAAAGUACAGAAAUCAAGGUGUGGAAAGAGUUUGAUAAAUCUAAGCUGUACAUGGCCGACCUUGAGUCAGGAUUGCAUUACCUGCUCAGGGUAGAGCUUGCAACGCACAAGACACUUGAGGGAGCUGAGCUAAAGACCUUCAAGGAUUUUGUUACCAUCUCUGCCAAGCUUUUUCCUGGCCGUCAGCCUGUUGUGAAGUUGUUAGAGACCUUGCAAGAGUGGCUGGUGAGCCUUCCAUUAGACAAAAUCCCUUAUGAUGCUAUCCUAGAUCUGGUCAACAACAAAAUGCGGAUUUCUGGGAUAUUUCUCACUAAGAAAGUUCAGUGGGUUGGAUGUCAAGGCAGCAGACCAGAGCUGAGAGGUUAUACCUGUUCCCUUUGGAAGCUGUUUCAUACUCUAACAGUUCAAGCUGCGCUGCGACCAAAAGCCUUGAUGCAUACAGGUCUUGAGGACAAUCCCCAAGUCGUACUUCAGGUCAUGCGGAGAUACAUCCAGCACUUUUUUGGGUGCAAGGCUUGUGCUCAGCAUUUUGAAGAAAUGGCUAAAGAGUCCAUGGAUUCUGUUAAAACCUUAGACAAGGCUGUUCUCUGGCUCUGGGAGAAGCACAACGUGGUGAAUAACAGGCUGGCAGGUGAUUUAUCAGAAGAUCCAAAAUUUCCCAAAGUUCAGUGGCCAACUCCAGACAUUUGUCCUGAAUGUCAUGAAGAAAUUAAAGGAUUGCACAGCUGGAAUGAAGCCCAAGUUCUGCAGUUCAUGAAGCGUCACUACAACAGCGAAAAUAUUGUAUAUAAAUACGCCGAAAGCCAGGCUGACUCCAGUGAAACUGAGCAGGGAGAGGCAGGAGAGGGGAACAAAAACAGCCUAAUGAAGAAACCAGGUGGAAACAGAGAAAAUAAGAUCCAGGAUAAAGAAAACAUACAAGAUUCUAACCUGGAGGUGUUAGAUAAGCUGCUGGCAAAUCAUGGACCUGCCAAGGGCAGCGGUAGAAGCACAGUUGAGUUGGCCAACCUCAAAGAGACGAAGCAGGCUGUGUUCUUCUUAGGGAUUGGCUUUUCUAACAUAGACAUGAGUCUCUGUGUCAUUCUGUAUGUAGCAUCAUCCUUAUUUCUGAUGAUCAUGUACUUUUUUUUCCGGAUGAGGUCUAAGCGGUGGAAAGUGAAGUAUUAUCGCUCCUUUGUGUAGUUCAGGUCACACAGUUCUCAUUGUCCAUGGCUGUUCAGUACCAGAUACAGCUUUAAUAUUUAUGAUCAGGGAUUUUAUAUACAGUAUUCCUUCUCUCAGAACCCUUUGUUCCCAUGUCUUGUCACCAGUGUUCUAGCUUAAUGCCUGGAGCUCGCUGUGAGAACCGCGAUGCCCAGCUGAGGCUCGUGGUGCUGUCAGGAAGCAUCCCCUGCAGGAAGCAUUGCAUGCUUCACUUAAGAUUCUUCUGUGACUUACCACCUACAUCCUUUACUCAUUUUUCAGAGUAAACAUUGCAUUAUGCAAUCAACUGUGCCUGGUUUAGAAGGAAAUUGGAUAUUGUUUUGUGUACUUGAGGUCCGAUUUGUUUGUUUGUUUUUAUUUAUCCAGGGCUGAUUUUACCUGCCAGAGAACUGAAGGGUUAUGCUGUUACCUUGGCUGCUUCAUUUGGAGAAGCAAGAUGACUCUCUUUUUCAGGAAACACGAGGUCUAUUCUGAAUAAAUCAAUUCUAAACCCA